AUGGCGGCGCUGCGGACUGUUCCGUCAAGGAAGCGCGGUCCACCUGUCAGCACGACUGUACCGACGGAAGUCGACCGUGCGGCGGCCCAGCCACUCCACCGCCGAAUCCUCUUUCCACCAUCCUCCCCCGCCGAAACCCCUCGCAUCCUCCAUUCUUCCGCGCACGAGACCCUAGAUCCCCUCAUUCUCGACCUCAUCGCCCUCUCCUUGAGAGCUUACGUUACGCCCUGGUACAACGGCUCCAUCUCGCGCGAUCCCGACAAGGCUUUCCUCCAAGCCGUUAUGGCGGUUCUCAUUCACGUCGUUCAGGCUCUCGAAGUCCGCCUCGCCGCUGUCGACUGGGCCGACGUACUUCUGGCCGAAUUGCCAGAGGUCCUGGCGAAUCAUUACCGGGACUGGGAUUCGGCAGUCGAGCGAGCUGGCGGAGGCACGGCGCACAAUCUCUCGGUCGAUGAGAUGUUCCAUUCUCUCCAGCCUCACAUCGCCAUCCACCUACGACAGGCAGCCGAAGGUGAGACGACUGCACGGCAUCGUGUGACGCCCGAGGUCGACAGAGUCUAUCUUCGGGCACUCGUCGACCGGCUGCUCAAGCUCCUCCUUCCGCCCGAGGACUAUCGCUCAGACACGGAGCGGGCCAUCGUCCGCGAGAUUAUCGUCGCCGUCGUCUUCGGUACCGUCUUCAACCGCGUCGCCCAGCCCUGGUUCAUCCACGGGCUGAUUGCUAAGCAGCUCGAAGCGCGAGAGGCCGAGCGGGCUGUGAUGGAGAAGGCGUUGUCGGCGGAAGACCGAACAGCGAGUACUGGACUCGUCGACAAGGCUCUCACCGCGCUUCUCUCCCUUCCGCUCCUCCUCGCCUCUCUCGCCUCUCUUGCCUCAACUUUUUCAGCUCUGUCCAGCUCCACGCGUACGACUUCGUCCAACCUUUCCUCCUCACCACCUCCUCACCAGUCUCUCAGCGCACUCCUACUCGCCAUCCUCCCGUCCUCCGCCUUCCUCAGCCAGCUCGUCUACCUCGUCUCCCUUCCGCUCGCCUUUUUCUCCUCCCAACUAGACUCUUUCCUCGCCCAAUCCGUUACGGAGCACGUCUGUGCCGCUUCGACAGUCAAGGCCGCCAUGGAAGGAGCGAUCAAGGGCAUGUUCCCGAACGACGGCUGGCCCGCGCCGAAGGAAGACGACCCGGACGAGGAGGCGCAAGACGAAUUACGGCGGCGGUGCGAGGAGGCUCUCGCUCGUGCACUAUCUCCCUUCCUCCCCUCCCUCCUCUUCCCUCGCCUUCCGCCAGAACCGCCAGACCCGCGCAUCCACCUUGCUCGCCACCUCCUCCGUCCACUCGCAUGUCACACAGCAAACGUACACCUGUUUCUCUCGAUUGUUGAUUUGGUGGUUGGCAAGGUCUUCCCCGAACUUAUUGUAGCGCCGGAGGACUAG